CUAUAUUUUAAUGACGUGCAGUGGCGCCAGACGGAAGGGGUGUGGUGUCGUGCCGGAAAUCAGUGAGGCGGCUUUUCGAAGAUGGCGUCUCCGAAAACAUUGCCUAAAGAUGCACAAGUCAUGAUUCAGAUCCUAAAGGACAUGGGCAUCACCGAAUAUGAACCGCGAGUGAUCAAUCAAAUGCUGGAAUUCACUUACAGGUAUGUAACAACCAUCAUCGAAGAUGCCAAAAUCUAUGCCACUCAUGCAAAGAAGUCCAACGUGGAUGCUGACGACAUCAGGCUGGCCAUCCAGUGUCGAAUGGACCAGUCCUUCACUUCUCCCCCUCCCCGGGAUUUCCUGCUGGAGGUCGCAAGGCAGAAGAAUCAGACCCCCCUGCCUUUGAUCAAGCCCUACACGGGGCCACGCCUCCCCCCUGACCGCUAUUGUCUGACCGCGCCUAAUUACAGACUGAAGUCACUGCAGAAAAAGACGUCCUCAUCUGCAGGCCGGAUAACCGUGCCACGACUCAGCGUGGGAGCUGUGUCCAGCCGUCCGAGCACCCCCACGCUUGCCACCCCUUCGGUGCAGUCGCUCACAGGACAGCGCUUCACCGUGCAGAUCCCAUCCUCACAGGCCUCUUCAACCAAGUCAGGUAAAGGUCUGCAGGCUACACCAUCCACGCCCACCGUCCAGAAUGUUCUCAUCAACCCAUCGCUGAUUGGCUCCAAGAAUAUUCUCAUCACAACCAACAUGGUGUCGCAGAACUCCACCAGUGACUCCAGCACCCUGAAGAGGAAGCAUGAAGAGGAUGAUGACUAUGAUGCUUUAUGACCCCCCCCCCCCACCAUAAAUUAAGUGUUUGUUCUCUCAGCUGUUAAACUACAGCAUUUUGUAAAUAUAGUUUGUUUUGAAGAUUGUCCCCUUACUCUUUUUUUUUUUCCCUUGUAACAUAAAUAACCACAUUAGCAGUGAUCAUUACAAGUUUUGUACUGAAACAUAUAAUGUAACAUAAAGACUUUGUGACUUGGUGCCAUCAGAAAUAAAGUUGCUUUUAUGUUGCUCCUUCCUA